AAUAAUCCCUUCUACUCUCCUCAGCACUUUAGCAACCAAUAAACCUCGACUAUAAUGUCCCUCUUCAUCAUCCCCGAGGAAGGCUUCGUCUACGGAGGCCAGCCCAGCCGUCGCCCUCACCACGGCCACCAGUACCACUACGGCCAGCGUUGCGGACCGUCCUCAAGGCAGUCGUCGUACCCUUUCGGUUUCGACUUUGACGCAGGCGAUCUGUUCAAUGUAAUACGACACGAGGAGACGCUUCGUCGUCGCCAGCGAGCUGAGCGCGCUGCUCGACAGCAACAUCUGCAACAGCAAGCUGCGGCCGCCGCCUCACUGGCACGCGAGCGCCAACAGCGUGCUCUCGCCCUCGAACGCGAACGCGAAAGGGAACGGCAGAGGCGCGCCGCGGCCGCCGCCGCUUACUUUGAGGCUGAGCUGGAGCACGAGCGGAGGCGCCAGAUCGCCAUUGCCGUCGCCAAGGAGGAGCGUAGGCAGCAGCAGCGGCGCUACGAAGAAGCGCAACGGGCUCGUCAGCAGGCCCGUCACGCGGCAAGGCAGCAGUGGGAGGACGACUUCCUGAGCGGGUUCAUGGACCUCGUCGUUGACAGCAUCUUUGGCGUUGACGAGGAGGGCCAGCAGCAAGCUCAACACUCAUCUGACAAGGGCAAAGCAAAAGCAGAUGACAAGACCGAGGACAAAGUGCCAUCCAGGUCGAUCCCAGUCGAGACAGCUAAAGACCAAACCGAAAUUGAAGCCGAAGCUGCUGCCAACAAGGAGCAGGUAGCCACCACCGACAAUGAGAAGACGCAGGAUCAGGAAGCCGAAGCAAGCGCCACAGAAGAACAGCAAGAGGAGAAGGGCGAGACUAAGACAGAACAAGCUCAAAAGCUUGUCUUCAGUCUUCCUCUCCCCUCUUCGGAAGCAGCUCGCAGCGCAGUCAACGCCAAGGACAUCUCCGUCACUUACGACGCCAACACCCGAUCGAUCAACAUCGACGGCCUCUGGUCCGCGAAUGCUGCCGCCUCUUCCGCCACGGACAACGUCGCUUCCUCGGACGAUGAGACGGUGCGCAGUGCCAGUGAUGACGAGGACGAGACGGCUCAGCGCGGACGCAAGCGUUCUCGCAGUCCAAAGGCGUCGCGCGUCAGCGAUGUCGACGAGGCGACAGGCGAAGAGAUCCAAUCUGCUCCCCAAAGCCAGGCUGACAACAAGGACGACUUCGUCGUAGUCGACGCAGCCAAGCCUUCCAGAGUCUCCAUCGAAGUCGGGCCAGAUGCAAAGGUGGAGAAUCUCCGCGCCGAGAUCACCGAUGAGGAGUUCCAGGUCUGGAUCUAGUCUCAUUAUCUCGCCUGUCCCGUUCCUGUUCACUACACAGACACAGCUUCCAUAGCCCCCGACUUCUCUGUCUAUACAUUCAUCGUCUAUACAUUCACAAUGACGAUGCCGAUUCUGAUGAUCUCAAAGAUACUUUUGAAGGCGUGAAGAAGCUGUAAGCAUGUAGUGACGAUGCUCCCACUCGAAUAAUUCGCAGCAAACGACGACAGCAGAGAGAAGCGCUGCGCGAUGUAGAUGAAUUUCGAAGCUGAGAAAGGAGGAGUAGGAUAGUGUGAAGUGAUACAGACGUAAAGACAUUAGUUUGGCUAGGCAUGAAGAGAGGGGGU